AUGGGUGCCAACAAUUCUUCUGCUUGGCAUCAAACUAAUGCACUGUCAGCAACUCUACCCAUGAAGACUCAAGUUACCCAUUUCCAUUCUUCAGCAAAAUGGAAGCUCCAUUUUGACACUACAUGGUGUGGUCCUUGCCGACAUAUGGAGCCAAUUAUCAAUGACUUUGCUGCUAAAUAUACCGACGUCGAGUUCAUCAAGAUUGAUGUGGAUGAACUGGCUGAUGUAGCUCAAGAAUAUGGGGUGCAAGCAAUGCCAACAUUCGUGCUGAUACAGCAAGGGAAAGUAGUUGAUAAAGUUGUGGGAGCAGAUAAAGAUGGGCUGCAGAAGAAGAUUGAGAAUAACAGAGCAGCACUGUUAAUUUGA